AUGGUAAAAUCUGGCACUAGAAUAUUUUCCAACCAACUAGAAUUCGUUUGUUAUGCAACAAUUUGCCUCAGAUUCAUUAAGGACAAUUCAAGUAUGCUAGCUCUAACAUCUACUAUCCUCCUACAGCUAAUCAAAUUCGUAGAUGAACUGUUAGUGAAUCGCCAAAUAUACGCUCGUGAUGUAUAUCAUGUCAGCUCUGAAGAGAACGAUGAUAAUAUAGUGAAUGAAGUACUUAAACCUAUAGUCUUAAAAAUCGUUUUUUAUUUUCAAAUCAUAUUAGUCUUUCAAAUUGCAUAUGGCAGUAUCUAUCAUUGGAACAUGGAUAUACAGGCAGAUGUCUGCAACUACAAUGGUGGGUAUAUAUUUCUAAAUGUCAUCGGCGAAUUUGAAUGUCAAAAGCAGAGAAAAUACACUAUAUGGGUAUUGGACAUUGUUAUUUUAUUGCUCCAACUAGUUCACAUAACAAAUUGUUUGGUCAGAAAUGUUGGACGUACUCCAUUAAUAUUUUCAGAGCUCCAAUUUGGAAAAUAUGGUUUCUUAACUGUGCUUCUCUUUCAUAGAACCUUUCCUGUUAAUGAAGACGGUUUGCUAUCGACAAGGGCACAGGGUAACGACGACCAAUACGGAUCCAUUGCGGUAUGA